UAGCGCUGCGGCACCGCCCUGGGCCGGGCGCGCGGGUGUCACCUAUGGGAGCGCGGAGGGGGACGCAGACUGUGCCCACAGGGUUCGCGGGAGCUGCGCGUUGGAGAGGCUGAGGGCACCCCCUCCCCCGCGAAGUGACCGGUCUGGGGAUCCCCGGGUGGGAGGAAGGAUGCUUGAUCCCGGGACUGGGCAAGAUACCUUCGCCAGGGACGCGUGGGGCCUUGGCUCCUGGUGCCCCUCCCCACGUUAGAGUUCUCUGCGCGUGGGUUUGGGGUCCUCAGUGCACCAUGACGGAUGCUCAGGAUUAGGCAUGACUCCUUGGUCCCUGUCCAGUAGGGACGUCAACUCCCUUUCCCGUCCCAUCCCACUCCCCACUCCGCGGGUGGCUUGGGGCCAGUGUAAACGCCGAACCCUUUUCCAGGCCCAUCCCACUCGUCACUCUGCAGGUGGAUUGGGCCCGGGGAUCCGCUAGGGUCGGGCGCGGCAGCAGGAAGGAUGCUCGGCCUCGGGACUUGGCAGGUGCCUAUUCAAGAUGGCAGAGGCUCAUCAAGCUGUGGCCUUCCAGUUCACUGUCACCCCCGAUGGCAUCGACCUCCGCCUGAGCCAUGAAGCCCUCAAACAGAUAUGCUUGUCAGGACUGCAUUCCUGGAAGAAGAAGUUCAUCCGAUUCAAGAACGGCAUCAUCACUGGUGUGUUCCCGGCGAGUCCCUCCAGCUGGCUUAUCGUGGUGGUGGGUGUGAUAUCAUCCAUGCAUGCCAAAGUGGACCCCUCCCUGGGCAUGAUCGCAAAGAUCAAUCGGACCCUGGACACCACUGGCCACAUGUCAAGCCAGACGAAGAACAUCGUGAGUGGCAUCCUCUUCGGCACGGGGCUCUGGGUAGCAGUCAUCAUGACUAUGCGCUACUCACUGAAGGUGCUGCUCUCCUACCAUGGCUGGAUGUUUGCAGAACACGGCAAAAUGAGCAGGAGCACCAGGAUCUGGAUGGCUAUGGUCAAGGUCUUCUCAGGCCGAAAGCCCAUGCUGUACAGCUUCCAGACCUCUCUGCCGCGCCUGCCUGUCCCAGCCGUCAAAGACACUGUGAGCAGGUACUUGGAAUCUGUGAGGCCAUUGAUGAAGGAAGGAGAAUUCCAACGCAUGACUGCGCUGGCCCAGGAUUUUGCUGUCAAUCUUGGGCCCAAAUUGCAGUGGUAUUUGAAGCUAAAAUCCUGGUGGGCCACAAAUUAUGUGAGUGACUGGUGGGAAGAAUAUAUCUACCUGCGAGGCCGAGGGCCGCUCAUGGUCAACAGCAACUACUAUGCCAUGGAGAUGCUGUACAUCACCCCCACCCACAUUCAGGCUGCAAGAGCCGGCAACACUAUCCACGCCAUGCUUCUGUAUCGUCGCAAGCUGGACCGUGAGGAACUCAAACCCAUUCGUCUUCUGGGAUCCACAAUUCCACUCUGCUCUGCCCAGUGGGAGCGACUCUUUAAUACCUCCCGCAUACCCGGGGAGGAGACAGACACCAUCCAGCACAUCAAGGACAGCCGGCACAUUGUUGUGUACCACAGGGGGCGCUACUUCAAGGUCUGGCUCUACCAUGAUGGGAGGCUGCUGAGGCCCCGAGAGCUGGAGCAACAGAUGCAGCAUAUCCUGGAUGACCCCUCAGAGCCUCAGCCCGGGGAAACCAAGCUGGCCGCCCUCACUGCUGCAGACAGAGUGCCCUGGGCAAAGUGUCGGCAGACCUAUUUUGCACGUGGGAAAAAUAAGCAGUCCCUGGAUGCAGUGGAAAAGGCAGCAUUCUUUGUGACUUUGGACGAAUCGGAGCAGGGUUACAGGAAGGAGGACCCGGAGGCAUCUGUAGACAGCUACGCCAAAUCUCUGCUGCACGGCAGAUGUUUUGACAGGUGGUUUGACAAGUCCCUCACAUUUGUUGUCUUCAAAAACAGCAAGAUAGGAAUGAACGCAGAGCACUCCUGGGCAGACGCGCCCAUUGUGGGCCAUCUGUGGGAGUACGUCAUGGCCACCGACGUCUUCCAGCUGGGCUACACAGAGGAUGGACAUUGCCGAGGAGACACCAAUUCCAGUAUUCCCAAACCCACCAGGCUCCAAUGGGAUAUUCCAGGAGAGUGUCAGGAGGUCAUAGAGGCCUCCCUGAGCAGUGCCAGUCUCCUGGCAAAUGAUGUGGACCUGCAUUCCUUCCCAUUUGACACCUUUGGCAAAGGCUUGAUCAAGAAGUGCCGGACGAGCCCCGACGCCUUCAUCCAGCUGGCGCUGCAGCUGGCACAUUACAAGGACAUGGGAAAGUUCUGCCUCACGUAUGAAGCCUCCAUGACUCGGCUCUUCCGAGAGGGUAGAACAGAGACCGUGCGCUCCUGCACUACAGAGUCCUGCAACUUUGUGCUGGCCAUGAUGGACCCCAUGAAAACGGCGGAGCAGAGGCUCAAGCUGUUCAAGACAGCUUGUGAGAAGCACCAGCACCUAUACCGCCUCGCCAUGACAGGCGCCGGCAUCGACCGCCACCUCUUCUGCCUCUAUGUGGUGUCCAAGUAUCUCGCAGUUGACUCCCCUUUCCUGAAGGAGGUUUUGUCUGAACCAUGGAGGUUAUCCACAAGCCAGACUCCUCAGCAGCAGGUGGAGCUGUUUGACUUUGAGAAACACCCUGACUACGUGUCCUGUGGAGGUGGCUUUGGCCCAGUUGCUGAUGAUGGCUAUGGUGUUUCAUACAUUAUUGUGGGAGAGAAUUUCAUCCACUUCCACAUUUCUUCCAAGUUCUCUAGCCCUCAGACAGACUCACACCGCUUUGGGAAGCAUCUGAAACAAGCCAUGAUGGACAUUAUCACCUUGUUUGGCCUCUCCAUCAAUUCUAAAAAGUAACCCUGCUGAGGCACGUGGAAGGAAAACGGACUCUUGUGAUACAAACCAAAUGAAGAAUAGGCGUCGCUCCUGAUUAUAGGGCAGGCAGAAAAUUGCUCUUCUCAAACUCAGUUUUCCUUCCAGAGGGUUUACCGUCUGUCUCCCUAGAACAACAGUAGGCUCCAUCGUGUGAAGUGCGACCCUGCAACAUCCAGAGAUGCCCUGGCUCUGGGAAUAUUAGGCACAGUCCCCUGAAGUCUUUUGAAUCAGCUCCUACUGGAUGAAUGCUGGUGAAUUCCUGGAUUAUUGGGGUUGUAGCUUCACACGUGUUGGAGGUGACAAGACUUCCUUGGGGUAACCUAUAAGUACCUGGGACUGGAGGGUGCCUGACUCCACCCAGGCAGUGCAAACAUCACCUUGUGCAAAGAGUGUCUUUCGGAGCCAGCGGAGUUAACAGCUGUAGCUAACACACAUAAUGCACUAAUGGAAUGCCUGGGCUAGGGAUUAAGGUUUUGCUGUGGGUGCCAGGAGUCAUUCCUUUGGGAGUCCGCAUUUGAAUCUCCACAUUUCCAGGAAGCAGAGCUCCACCUCCUGUGUGUCACCAUCCUCAUAGGUCUCCAGAACCCAGUGCCUUAAAGACGGAAGCCCCUUGGGAAGAGGGGCAUUAGGAAGACUUCUCUGUCAAGUCUUCGGGUGGAUAUGUGAGGAUGUUGCUUCCCCUCGCGGUUUCCUACAUAGGGACGCCCCUACAUAGGGAAGUAAGCACUUCCCCGUCCCCCAGGAGGCCAGGUCCCUGGUGAAGGCAAUGAUGCUGGAGUCUCCUUGCCAGUUCCAUUAAGCAACAAAACAGGCAUGUGUCAGCAGAGGGGAGGGACUUGGUAGUCAAAGGCUCCGUAGCUGGAGAUUAGCUGGAGAGUGUGGCUUGCUAUACUUGGCAGCUGGUGGCAAGCGGGGUAGGACCCUGGUCACUGAGUUGGGACAUAACUGAGACAGACAGCCUCACAGGCAGCAGGAUACAAACACCCUGGACAUCAACGGAGUUACUGUCUAAUCCCACCCAGUCCCAGAGGAGACCUGCUCCCAGUUCCAUAGAAGACGAGGUCAUUUUGGUGACAGACUCAGGGGUCUCAAGUGAUGGGUGCUUUGUACCUAAAUGCCAUCCCUCAAUGGGAGUGCCUUUCUUGAAAGCGCCUGAUGGACUGACCGCAAGGCAAUCCCACACCAAGUCCGUGUGGAAUUAUGUAAACUUAAGCAUAAUGGAUCCCUCCCCACGUCGCCAUCCUGUCCCGGCAGGCUUAGCUAUCGGUGUUUUCAAUCAUGUAUUUAUUUUUCUGACCACUUCAGUGUGCCCUCUGGCCUGGCUCAGUCCCUGCCCCUGUGCUCACACUAGCACAAGAGUGAGGGCAGGAUGACCAGAGUGUCCAGAGGUGCUGGCUGAGCAGCUUACGCAUGUCUUAUGAAUAUACAUGUAUAAAUUUUGUAAGCUAAAAUAAUCACACCUAAAAGGGCCAAAGAUUUUUUUUCCUCUUAAAAACAAGAAAACAAAAGGCACCAUAAACGCAAGAGCAGAAACAAACCGAAGUCAGAGCCACCUAAGGGUCGCUGUUCAUGACCACUGACCAACCUGGGUUACCCCCGAGGAGCCCUGCUAGUGCCCAAGCGUCACAUUCCUCCCUCGGGUUUCCAGUGUCCUUGCUGCUCCUGAGCAGUUACCAAUGCAAUUCCAUAUUCCUUACAAGGCGGAAGGGUGGGCUUUCACUGUGUGUGUCGAAAGGAGGAGGUAAGACUAUUCUGUAUUUAAUUUAAUGUUGAACAAAACGUAGUCUUACUGUAGCUGGUUUGAAUUCGGUAUCCUAAUCUGUCCAUUGCCUGUAAAUACCACAUGCUGUCUGGAUACAAAUCUUAGAAAUGCAUGUGUGAAUGAAAGUAGCUGACCAUUAAUAAAACAUUAAUCCCAUCUACUA